AUGGCUCCUGCUAAAACAGAAAUUCUGGUCGUCGACCAACCCGUUCUCCACUCCAAGACCGUCGCUACCGAAGAGGUCACUCCACUUCCUGAUCUCGCUCCCCCUUUACUUCCUACUGAGAAGAUUGGGCCUAUGGGAUGGAUCAGAAGUCUUCUUCACUUCGAGCUUGGUGAGAGUUAUGAUGCUGAGGAGAUAACUUCUAUUCUCAAGAGGGCUUAUUCUGCUUUCAAGGAGCGUACGCCUAUUGCUGGUUGUGAGGCUGUGCCUACUGCUGAUUAUCUCGAGACCGGGCUGUUGCAGCUUCGUCAUUAUGGCGAUGAGAUUGAACAUGACUUUAUUGUCAAGGAUCUUCGUGAUCAGGACUUUCCUAGCUUUGAGGAGUUGAAGCGUCGCGGUUAUCCCACUUCAGCUCUGGACCCUGAUGUUGUUUGUCAACGAGGUCUAGGCGGAGAAUGGCCUCGUGCUGGAGAUCGAUUGAACACUACUAUGGUGCAACUCAACUUCAUCAAGGGAGGCCUACUUCUCAACGUCCUUUUCCUUCACGCCUACAUCGAUGGAACAACGGCAUACAAGUUCACCGAGAUCUUCGCCGAGGAAGUCCGCAAAGCUCAAGGCCUGUCUAUUACGAACCCAGUCGAGAUUCCCUGCGACGACAGAGCUAAGUUGAUGAAGCCAUCUGAUACCAUCGUUGGCAAACCUGAAGACCAUCCCGAGUACAUCGAAAUACCCUUCACGCCUGAAGGACCCCCACCAAAGCUGGCUUCACCAGUUCACCACGGUCAUAUCUUUUACUUCUCACCUGAGAAGAUUCAAGAACUCAAAGAGGCUGCUGCACCUCGCAACGCCAAGCUUUUCAAGUCAGACGACAUCUCUUCUUACAUCUCCACGACGGAUGCUUUGACUGCUCUGGUUUGGCGAUGCACUAUGAUAGCCCAGCAUGGAAAGAAGGAGGGUGAGGAUAGGCCAACUGGACCAUCUAUGGUUGGUCUGGCUCUUGAUGCUCGUCGUCGCGCUGGGAAGCCGGUUCACAAGCAUACACUUGGUAACAUCCUUGGAUUUGCACCAGCUGUUAUGGACAUCGAGAAGGUCCUUGAACACGAAGAUAUCAGUCUAGCAGACAUUGCGCUUGUUGUCCGAGGUGCAGUCAACAAGUCAAAGGACACAUACCUCGCUACCAUUAGCUCCCUUGUGGAUGGUCUUGGUAACGUGUCUCGAUUGAUACCAGCCAUUUUCUUGGACAUGCCAGGCAACCAUGCCUUGUUCUCAUCAUGGAGAGAGUUUCCUUUCUACGACAUCCAAUGGGGUCCUGCUCUGGGUGGUCAGAUAAAGGCUAUUCGACCACCAUCGGUAGGAGUUACUCACUCCAUGCAUAUCGUGUUGCCUGAUCGACCUGAGGCGGGUCCUGGUGUCGAGGUGUUUGUUGGUACGGAGAAUAAUGCUAUGGAGAGUUUAUUGGAGAACCCUCUUUGGAGGCAAUAUGCUCAAGGACCAGAGAAGGCAUGA